AUGGAAAAAGGGGGCUCUCUGUCUAGUUGGGAAAUUUUCUUGCGAGAAUUGCGAAAGAGGUUUAGGGCGUCGAUCUAUGAUGAUCCACUCGGCAGAAUCACCAAACUUACACAGAUAGGGAAAGUAUAUCAGUACCGGGCUGAAUUCGAAUGGCUCAUGACUCGAAUUACCUGUGUAUCCGAAUCCAUGUUUCUCAAUUUUUUUGUUUGGGGUUUGAAGCUGGAAAUUCGAAGGGAAAUAUUGAUGGCUCACCCACAGGAUUUAGCUGAUGCUAUGGCAAGGGCCCAGCUAUUUGAGGACCGAAAUGAAGAUUUAAUGGGGGCAUCAGAGGGGCGAUGGUUACCGGACUUUGGCACCUCAAAAUAA